CUUUUCUUACCGUUUUCUUAACUGCAGAAGAAAUGUAUAAGCCUAACUUCAUCAGUUUAUCCAGUGUACAAAUUUUCUCAAGAUUUCGUACAAGAGUGAAUCACAUUCCAUGGGGCAAUGGCUAUGAGAGUGAUCUCCCCUUGUCUAACUCUUUUGUGGUCAACCUCUGACCUCUUUGUUGUGUUUACCGACGUUGGGAGGGAUGUUUAGACAGAAGCUAGCCGGUGUUGAAAUUCCAAGCUAACUGUUAAAAGAUACCCAAGAAAAUCGGCACAAACGUCAACCAAAUGCAAAACUUUGGUGAAAAAGAAACAACAGUUUAGUUAAAGGUUCAACGAUGGUUUCUGCAUGGCGCGCAAUGCUGGUGGAGACGUGCUGAUAAAAAAGAACAGUAAGCUAGAAGUCUUUCUCAAGAAAGCACUGCCCGAAAGAACAUUUGAGAGAAUCCGCGGUUACGAAUCCUGUAUUGUUGUUUCGGAGACUGAAAACAAGGCAUUCAAGUAUGUCAUCCUUGGAGAUGAGUGGAUAUACUUGACUGAAAAUCCCGCAAAGACAAUCCAACAGUCCGUUUGGUUGGGAGAUGUAAUUUCAGUAGACUUGGUCAAUGACUUCCCUGAGUUUCUCAGCGGUGAGGAAAGAGAAAACUCCCAGCACUUAGCUGUGCGUUUUCUUACGUCAACAUCCAGGCGUCGUUCAUUGCGGAAAUCCAGACGGCAGACAAAUGGGUCCAUUCAUGACACAGAUCGCUCGAAUGCCUCAACUCCACAGGGGAGCUUGUCUGAAGACUUUGGGUAUCUCACCCAGAGCAUGUCUAGUCUCCAUGCAGGGGGAAGUCGGCCUAGCAGCCAGAACUCACUUAGGGACAAGCUUCACCUUGGGAAAAAGUCAAAAAAGCCAUUGAGCUCUGCUGACAGCACUGAAGAUUUGUCACAGAAAACAUGCCCAGAAAUCAUUGAAGAAGAGAGACUAGAAGACAUCGAAGAAUGUGAUCUGUUUGAUCGCUCUCAUGAUUCAUAUCCCUUCAGAAAAGCAGAUGAUUUGCCAUCUGCUAGGUUACGGGAGAAAGACUCAAAGUUUGUAAAGAAUGGUUCUGCAGGCAUUCAGGGAAAGAGGAGAGAACCUCCAAAAUGUCCAGAAAUCAUCACCUCCCAACCUUCAGCACACACGUCAAGAGUUUGGCCCACAAAUAAUACUGCAGAAAAAGACAAAAAUGGCUGCUGCCUCUUCGGGCUUUGUCAGUUUAAGUCAAAUUCACAUGACGCUGCUUUCGCUGCCAGUGGAUCAAAGUCUAGAUUAAAACGUAACUCUAUUGGGCCUCUUGCUGCCAGUGAACUGGAUGUGGAUCUAAAUAAAGAAGCUUAUUCACACAGAGAUGAUAUCUCAGAGAUCAUUGAAAUGCCAAACACAAAGUCUUCUCUCAGCUCACACACACUGAUGGAUGGUACGGGUCGGGAUGCUCUGUCUCCACAUGCCACUCCCCUUCCUUCAUCUAGGAUAUCAACACCGUUGUUGAACAGAUCUAGGAACACAACUCCGUUUGGUGACCAGAGUCAAGAUGGCAGAAGUUUACUUAUGGUACCAGACCUGGCAUCUGUUAAUGGGGAUUUCCACAGUUCUUUGAUUUCCGGUGACAAGCGCAUAGCUGUCUUGAACAUUUACCUGCUCUCACUAUCUUCUCCAAUGCUAAUGUUAAUACGCAGUGCCUGGAACAACUUUAUGAUUAGAGCAACCUUAAUGAUGGACGCAGAAUUUGAAAAGAAUGCUAAGGCUGGAGCAGUGAGGGCCACCUACAACCAAGUGGAGAAAAUGGAGGUGCUAUUUAUCCAGUUGAAGAGGGAAUUAUUUAGACCUGACAAUAGCUUGGAAGACAUUUAUGAUCUUUCAAAUGAGCUAAGAAUAGCAUCUGAGAGAAACUUUGUGCUGAAGAAGAUAUUCUGGAAAAAUUCUGAUAUGUUCCCAUACUAUGUGCAUGUCAUCCAGUCCUACGUACCAACAUCUAGAACUAAUUUGAACACAGUGAAUGGAAGAAAGCAGCGACAUGAAGAGAUUGAACUUGUUAUCCUGCUCACUCAGAUAAUCAGCAUAAUGUUCAGAGAGACAGAACUUAUACCAGCUCGCUUCCAAACCUUGAAGUCACAGAGGGGUAAAGCUGUCCUGGAUUUGUUACGAGUAUUGACCUGCCAGCCGGAGAUCCCAGAGAAGCAAGUGGCGCCAUCUGGUAGGGCAGCAGAACUUAUCCAGUCAUUCCAGGAUGAAGGCUACAGCUCCGCAUCUGCCACAGAGGUGACAAAACUGUUGGGUGAAUUUACAGAUGUGAGCAUGACAACUGUCUUUGAGCUAUUCCUGAUGGCAAGACAGGCAAACUGGAAUCACAACUCAGACAAUUUCCUGAACAUAUUUUGGAUGGUACAGGUUUUGGAGGAACUGAGCACAACAGAGAAGUAUGUAGAGCGAGUUAUCCAGCAGGCUAUGGCGUUGAUUUCUCCAUCUCAAGUGGAACAGCUGAGCCCAGCUGAGGCAGUCAAACUGUACCAGCAGUUUUCAGUCAUCUUAAUCUUCCUGUCCUACAGCCCUAGGGUGACCUUCUUUAUCAGGAAUAAUUACAUGGAGGAGUUCAAGUACUUUGUACAGCCAGCGGUCGUGGAGAGAAAGUUAUCUUCCAGUUUUCCCAUCACCAGGGAUACAAUUAAGUUGAUAGAAGAUGUCCUGUCCAAAGUGUUGGAUGUGCCAGGUGUGAACCUGUCCAUCACACCGAGAUGAAUCCGUCCUUCAGAGUAAAAGGUGAAAGAUUUGCUUAAUGCCAUAACACAUCUCUCCCCAGAGUGAAUGUCUGCUGACUUCACAUGCUUAGCCAUGUUUAGAGUCCUUGAUAUCUGCAACCAUACGCACUGGAUAUUUUUGUUUUCUCAGAAAGGUUUAAAAAUGCAAAAUGAUACAGGAUGUAUUUGUUUGUGCAUACUUGUUGUGGAACAUUGUAUAUAUGUCCUAAAUGAAGCUAUUUUAGAACUGAUGAAGAUUUUGUUGAUGGAUAUACAAAAAAAUAUAAAUAUUUCAUUGUAGAAGCCUGAUGAUCUUUUUGUAUACUGUAUAUUUUGCAUUUAUAUGGAUACAUGUACGUGUAUGUAUGAAGGGUUUUGUGAAGGUUUGGCGUAACAGUAAUAGUUAUACCAAAGACCUGUUUGAUUGGGUUAUUGCAUUGUACCACCAAAGCUUUGUAACUGAUUUUCUCAUUUUCUAUUUUCAUGUACUUGUAUUCCUUUGUUAAGGAUAUACUAAAUGUAUAAGGUGUACUGUGUUAAAGUUUGCAAUAUUUAUCUUCCGUCCCACUUUUCCUGUACAGUAGGUAUUUUGAUAUAGUAUUACAUGUCAGUUUGUAUAUUACACUUUGUAUGAUGAAAUUUUACCUGAACAUUAUUUUGGUAAUGUAUAAUUUCCCUCUUACAUCAGUAGAUAUGAAACUUGGGCAUGACUAACUGGUGAUGUUUCAUCACAAUAUUAAAUGUCAGAACAAUAAAGACACUUGCUCUAACUCCCAUAAUUUUAAUUUACUCUUAUACAGAAAUGGAUACUGGUACCUACAUGUACUGCUCAAAUAAUAGUUAUUGUGGGUUAAUAAGAAUAAACUGCUGACCAGGUUAUUUUACAGAUUGUUAACUGGAAAUUCCAGAAAGGUGUGAAGUGAAACUUGAAGCAUUUUGGUAUAAUGUGUGAUGUAAGCUAUUAAAAGCAUGACAAGGUAUUAACACUGUGUGGUUAUUCAAAUACACAUACCCUAGCCAGUACACAUGUAAUUGUCACAGCAUUACACAGUUUCUUUUUUCUCUUGUGGUUAGUCCAUCUAUUGAACAAUAUAUACAUUUCUUUACCUUUCCCCAAAAAGUGAGAGAGAAAUCUGAUUGUUCAAUUUCACUAGUGCUGAUAACUAACCUAAAAGCACUGAUACAUCCAUGAUUACAUAUAUAUACAAACAUGCAAAUAUUAAAUUGAAAUGUGACAACCACAGAAAUAUGAAGUCAGUAAAGUGUGCAGGAAGAAGGAAAAACUUGGCUGCCUUUUGUUAGCAUUUGUGAACCUUUACUGCAUUGUUGUUUCCUUUUACUGAAGUAAGUGAUAAUGGUAGUGUUAUACACUGAAUUUGCAGGGUUAAUUGCUCACAAUUCUUUGCUGUUCUUUUCGUAUUGUGAUGCUGAAUAUGGGAAGUUUUGUGAUGUCUAUAUAAUAUACUGAUACCUGCUGGAUGGACGUCUUGUGCAAUGUGCUUAUUACUGCUGCUUUUUUCUUUUUGAUUGUACCAAAUAGCUUGGUUACAAUUUGUACCUGUGGCCUUUAACUUACUGAAAUGAAAUCUGCUGCUCACCUUACCUAACAUGAAGUAGAUAAGCAUAUGUAUGUAUGAAUUUUAUAAGCAUAAAUGUACUAUACAGGUAUCUGCUGGAAAUCUUCAAGCUGUCUUGUUUACCAAUUUGAAAUCACUGCUGAGUCUCCUAUUUAAUUAACAGUGUUAAAGAAGAAUGAGAUACAUUUACAUAUGUCGCAUUAAUAAUGCUAUAGUUUCUAUUAGAACAUUUUGAACCACAUUCCAGUCUAUGUCAAAAAUAGCAAGUUAUGAUCAUAAUGUUGAAAAUAGUAAUUUUUUUUUUUUUUUUUUUACAACAGCUGCUUUGAGAUGCAUAAUUACAAGAGUAUGAACAACUAAUUGUAUGUUUGUAAUGAAAAUGAAAUGUUCAUCCAUGAAAAAGAUAAGGUUACAAGUCAUUAUAUACUUGUACAUUUGAAGAAAUGUUGUGUGUCUUUAUAUCAAACCCCAGGCAGAAUACAGCUAUGGGUAUCAAAAUUAUGAAAGUAAAUAGGACACAGGUUUUCAAGUAUUUUUUUUAUUUUAUUUUAACAUUGUAAUUUUAUCAGGUUUGAAAAGUUAUUUACAGUUUAAGAAUUUUGUUUUUAUACUCAAAACAUAUUGUUAAAUACACGGUGUAUUUAAUUAGUCAUAAAAUAUAGUCAUUAGAUUACAUCUGCCAUUUUUUUUUCUCAUUUGUGGCUUUUACUUUGAAGAGCCUUUUAUUUUUAAAGUGGAAACAAAAUACUUAUGCUGGAUAUUUGGUUCAAACCCUCUUUUUAAUGUGAUAGUUUUAGUCAAAAAUUGUUUUUAUAUCCUGCCUACCUCUAAUAUCUUUCCGUCCAUUUGACAACAAAUCUUGUGAACAAGGAUGACAUACAUGCAGUUAUACUAUUGAUGUAUGUAUGUACAUGUAUACGACACUCACAAAUCGAGUACGUGAGAAAUGGGUUCUUUUUAGUCUGUUGGUAUAUUCUGCUAAAUGAUUGUUCUUCUUCGUACAAGUGAUGACUUCUGAUGCUAUGGUUCUCUUGUCACUACCCUACUGAUCCCACCAGCCAAUUGAACUAGAAUAGAAUAUAUCCUGUAACUCAUUUGUGUGAAAAAUUUGCUCUUUGUUGGUUUCUGUACGCGUGGUAUAAAUCCAGAGGUAGCAUUGUAUUGACGUGACCAAUUGUUAUUGUGGUGUUUGUUCAUAAGUUUCUUUUGACAGAUAUAUAUAUAUAUAUAUAUAUAUUAGAUACAAUAUUGUUGUGAAAUUAGCAUACUGCUUGAUACAUGUAGAUGUUACAUUAUAUUUAGCUGUAUCAGAACAAUGUACAUGUAAAUUUAUAAUGUACCUGUCUUUUCGUUUGCUUUUGUCUCU